AUGACUACUUGUUUGAAUGGAUUCGAUUGGAUAUGCAAUUAUGGACCAUCGUUUGUCGUUUCGGCAUCGAAUUGUGAUGUUCUUUACGAGCCAAGCGACUUUUUCAAAGAAUUGAAUCAUACUUUCUCAAAUGCCAAACAACGAAUUUAUAUUUCAUCACUUUAUUUCGGAACCGAUUCAUAUGAAUACGAAAUGAUCGAUUCCAUACGAACCGCCCUUGCCAAAGAUCCAUCUGUACGCUUAGUUGUGCUAUUAGACUAUCUACGCGGCCUCCGAAUAGAUAAUCAUAAAGAAAAGACGACAUCUAAAUCAAUGUUUCUUCCAUUAAUCGAACAGUUUUCAUCCCAAGUAGAUUUCUAUCUGUUUCACACACCUCUUCUUCAUGGUUUCCUUCGGAAAAUCAUUCCGAUGAGAUACAAUGAGUCCUGGGGCGUGCAACAUAUGAAAAUCUACAUGGCAGAUGAUACUUUAGUCAUAAGUGGUGCUAAUUUGAAUAAAACAUACUUCGACAAUCGACAGGAUCGAUACUUAAAACUGAAUCAUUGUCCUGAUCUUUGCCAAUUCUUUAUUGAUAUUAUCGAAACUGUCGGAAAACAAUCAUUCAAAGUGAAACUGAACCAUCCCGAACCGAUAUUGUUAGGUAAAAAUCAUCCCUUCGAAGGUGAUAACGCCCAAUAUCGCCGUGAUGUCGAAAACGAUCUUACAUCACUGAUGAAAACCUAUCAAACACGUUUUCCCAAGCCCGAUUCCUUAUCUGACGAUCAAGCAUUGAUUAUUCCAUUGAUACAAAUGGGAAUGUUCAAUAUAAAUAACGACCGAGACUUUAACAUUCACCUAUAUUCCCAUCUUCCUCAAGAUUCGAUACUUUACCUUGCAACAUCCUAUUUCAACAUGACAGAAGAAUACGCGCAAGAGUUGAUCGGCAAUAAACGACAGGAUACGACAAUUAAGCUAUUGACAGCUUCACCACAAGCUAAUGGGUUCUAUGGUAGCCGUGGCAUGAGUCAAUACGUGCCGAUCGGUUACAGCGAAAAUGAACGGGAAUUCGUCGAAAAAGCAGAGAAGAAAUGUGCAAACGACGGACAAAUUCAAAUGUUAGAAUACUUUCGAUCACAAUGGACGUAUCAUGCCAAAGGUUUAUGGUUGUAUGAAAACGGAAAGGAUUAUCCGAUUCUGACUUGCAUCGGGUCGCCGAACUUUGGCGCACGUUCGAUUCGACGCGAUCUUGAAGCUCAAUUAGCUAUUCUAACGAAUAAUGAGACGUUACGAAUGAAAUUUCAUCGUGAACGUUCACGUCUAUUUCAAUACGCACUGUGCAUAUCACCGAUGAACGUACUCUCUCAACCUCUUGUCAUUCCAACGACUCAUCAACGUCGUCUGGUGGGUAGUCCUCGCUCGCCAAUGUUCCUCAAUGCUGCUCCGGUUGCUGUUAGUAACAAAAUCAAAGCUAUCCAAGCGCGUAAAACUCGUAUCACUCUCGUCACAUCCGAUGCAGUUCACACAGACAUUCGUCCAUUGAAUUUCAGUUGUAAGAGCGGUGUUGCCAAAUCUCGAACAGAAUAUUCAGUCUUAACAGCUGAGAAACUAGUUGAUCGCAGUAAAGACAUUCGUCUCGAUCGCAUUUCUGCUCGUCAACAAUCUCGUCCAUCCUUUAUUCUCAAUACGAAUGCUAAUCAAGCACCUGUACUCUGGUCGAGCUAUCAACAAUCAUCCAAGUGUAAUAAACCAAGUGCAACGCAAUCAAACUCUACAGCUCGUACACCGCCCGGUGUUGAAUCGGCAAAACCGAGAUCACCAACUCGCAAAAUACCCGAGAUUCCACGACGACAACCUCGUCAAGCCUCAGCCGAUCAGCAUGAUCCUCUUCUACCGCCCGAAAUCAAAGAAAGAUCCAAAUCAAAACCGCAACCAUCACGUAUCACAAGGAUUAAAUCUCAUGAUCGACUGGUUCAUCGUAAUAAUCUUCGCAAAAAUGACGCCGAAGGAGAUGAAGACGAUGAUGAUGAUGGUAAUAAUCUUAUGAUGGAUGAAGAAUUCGAAGAAUAUCUUGAGAAGGCGAUUGUUAAAUGUGCCGAUUGGCUUAUCAAAUACGUAUUUAUUUAG